GCGGGGAGAGACUGGACGGCGCAGGGGUUAGAGCGGCGGCCCCGAGGAUGGAUGACCCCGAGGAGACCUUUGGGGGCGAUGGCGAUGUGGGCUCCGCCGCGCCUUACGAGGAACUGGUGUCUGCCAUGGCCGGCGGCCUGUACGGGGAGCUGGAGCGGCUGGUCGGGGCCCACGGGCCCGGGGCGGUGUCGGGGCUCCUGCCGCAGCUCGUCUCUGUCCUGGAGUCGCUGCAGAGGGCUUGCGGGCAGGUGCGGGAGCGGGACCAGUCCCUGGAACGGCUGCGCGAUGACCGGCUGCGCCUGCUGGAGCAAUACGAGCGGGAGCGAGCCGGCCGCAAGCGGGCCGAGGAGCGGUUCAUGGAACUGGAGGAUGUGAUGGAGCAGGAGCGCAAGGCAAACGCCACCACCAUGACUCGGCUGGAGGGGCAAAGCCGUGUCCUGGAGGGCAAAGCACGGAGCUAUGCUGAUCAGGUGGCCAGCCUGGAAGAACAGAAGUCUUUGCUCUUGAAGGAGCUCUCCGCUCUCAAUCAGACCCACACCAAGAUGAUGCAAAGUUACAGGGAACUGAAAGCACAGCGGAUAGCACUGGCUGGCACAAGCCAAAUUGGAUCUCCCUCUGCAGAGACAAAAAGGUUGAAGCCCCCGCCCAUCUGGAAGGCCCCCCAGUUUCUGCCAAGCACUUCAGACCCUGGAUCGCCCAAAUCACCACGUCUCCUAGAGGAGCCUGGUGAGAUUCAAGACCCACCCUGCUCAGAGAAGACUCCCCAGAAAGAAGCAGGAAGGAACGGCUGUCCUUUGGCCCAAGAGAUGGUGCAGCUGGAGAAAGAUGCUUCUCCUGCCCAAGAGGAGCGCUUUGACCUGGACGAACUUCUCAGCUCUACUCCAGAACUGGCACCUGCCCCACAGCCACCAAGCAGCCCCCUGAGUACCACCCUCGAGCGCAACACGGUCUCACUUUUCGCCGAGGUCUCGGGCCUCAGCCCAGAAAUUCUCAGCGAUAUGGACGACGGUGCUGAUCUGCAGGGAGAUGUCUUAGAAACCCUAAUGACGGAAAACAUGCAACUACAAGAGGCACGGAUCACUCUGGAUACUGCCCGCCGCCAUCUGAUUGCCCGCGUGGAGGAGCUUGGUGAGGAGCGCGAGUCACUGAGGUUGGAGCGUGAUGCAGUGGCUGGCACCCUGAGCCGCUGCCAAGCACAGCUGAAGGAGGCUGAGCUGGAGCUGAAUCGGAUCCGACAGGAGUUGGAGGAAACAAAGCGUCCAAGUGAUGAUGGGGAGGCUGAAGGGGGCCCAUCCAGGCCUCAGCGGUUCACCCGGGCUGAGAUGGCGCGUGUGGUGAUGGAACGCAACCUCUACAAGGAAAGGCUGAUGGAGUUGCAAGAAGCUGUUAGACGCACUGAGCUCCUCAGGGCUUCGCGGGAAGAACAGGCAGUUCAGAUGAAAAAAUCAUCUUUCUGGAAAAUCUUUGAUCGCUUAUUUAGUCCCUCAGACUCUCCAGAGAAAAUGCCUGCAUCCCCCCAGCUGGGAGGGCGGGCCCGAUCUAGCCCCAGCAUCUAUAAUGAAUUGGGACGAAAUGGGGGGCAGGUGUCUCCAGCUUUGAGGUACAUCCCACGAGCAACCUCGCCCACUGAGGGCGACUCUUCCCCGCAACAGAAGCGGCGUGAGCUGUACCGUGAUAUUCACUCACACAUCUGGCAGGAGCAUGGUCGGGCGCAGAUCCAUGGGUGGAGCCAGCCACCUGCACUUCAGGGCCACGAUCCACCUUCAUGCGCUGCUGACGUGCCUGUGCUUGUGCAGUUACGGAUGCUGGAUCAGAAGGACCCUAGUACCAAGCUGUGGUGCGCUGCAGCAUCUGUCGGGCUGGAACCUCAAGGGACACCAGAGACUGGUAUGCCUGAUCAAUGCCUUGGAGGCAACUCUCGGCUGUGGGUGGCCUCAGGGACCCACUCAGCAAGCGAAGUGAUGCUUUUGGAUGCUCAGAACCCAAACCAGCUACUGGAACACUUUGUGUUACCUGGAAUUCACAUCCUCUCUCUUGCAUGCGUACCUGGCCUUACAGUGCCUGGCAGGGAGAGCCCUGAGCUGGAGCCAGAGAUCCUCGAAGACCCCCUGGCACCUGGAUCUGACAGUGACGAUGAAACACUGGAAAUUGAGGCGGCUGGCACGGAACCCACCGUGUGGCUGGGAACUCAGGAGGGAUGCAUCUGUGUUCACUGUGCUGAGAGAGACUGGCGGCGCUGUCAGGGAAAAGCCCAGCUAAAGGAUGCAAUUCACUGUAUCGUCCACUUCCAGGGUCGUGUCGCAGCUACACUAGGGGAUGGAUCUGUAGCCAUUUUCCAUCGGAAUCCAGCCCGGAAGUGGGACCUGCGUUCUCCACGCCUGGUUGAUUUGGGAAGGCCACGGCGCUCCAUUCGUUGUGCCAUCCCUGUCCUGGAUCGGCUGUGGUGCGGAUACGGGAAUCGAAUCUACGUGCUGGAUCCACGCACUGCUCGUAUCCAGCGGUACUUUGAGGUGACUUCGCAUCCUGAAAGCCAAGUGCGGCAUAUGGUGGCUGCUGGCAAUGGCAUAUGGGUCUCUGUUCGGCUGGACUCCACUCUGCGCUUGCUUCACGCGGAGACCGGGCAGCCCUUGCAGGAAGUGGAGUUGGGGCCUUAUAUCAGCCGCAUGCUUGGGCCCAACAGCCUUAGUUUAGCCCUGAACAUCACAGCACUUGGUACUUUUGGGAAGCGGCUGUGGGUCGGCAUGUCCGGAGGUCCCAUCAUCUCUUUGCCCUUCAUCUCUGAAGCUGCAGGAAGCUCGGAAUCUCCCAUGCCAGCUGUGAUCCCUUACUGUGCCAUGGAGCAAGCCCAGAUCAGCUAUCAUGGGCACCGUGAUGCUGUUCGCUUCUUUGUUUCUGUCCCAGGAUGUAAAGAUCUGUCCCCUUUGGAGAAUCCCAAGGAGUCCCACAAAGAGAGGCCAAGGAAGCCUUGCACUUUGGUGCUAAGUGGAGGGGAAGGCUACAUUAAUCUCCGGAUAGGAGAUGACACUGAUGAACGCUACGGUGACCUGCUUCUCCCCAACCCGCGCUUACGUCGUGCUGAGCGGAGUCACCUGAUUGUCUGGCAGGUGCAGGCCUAAGGCUGCAGUGAUCGGCAUGACACUGCUCAGGUGUCGUGUCCUGGGCUCCCAGUUAGGAUGAAAUGGCACAGCUGCUGGGUGGUGGUGGUGCCCUCGCUCUCCCAGCCUCUUCGUUUGGGAAUUAAGCGUCUAAGGUCUACAGGGCCGGUGAUGUGAAAACGCCAUGCGCACAUCAGGAUCUGUUUCCUGAAAAUGCUCAGAGAGGGCAGCUGCAGCUGGUUGUUCUUCCUACCACCUUCUUGACCAUCUGCAGUGCCUUCCAACUGGAACAAUGCAUCAUUGUGCAAUAAAGUUCCCUGCCCAUAUACAGAUGCCACCCCCAUCCAAUCUUGAUACUUUUGCUCCCUGCUCCCAUGUCGCCUAUCUCAUCUGUUAUCAUUUAGGUGGUUAGGAGCUGAGAGUUAGGAAGCCCACAUCUUCCAGCAGAGCAGAAGGAGGUCUAGUUCAAGCUGGGAAAGAAGCAAACGUGCCUAAAUAAGUUGCAGCAAAGGAGGCUGAGAACCAGGAUUCCGGAGGUAUCUGGAGGAGAACAAGCAGGGCAUUAGAGCAAGAACUCUUGUGUUCCCUUCUGGCUCCUAUUUUUGACUGUGAUUCUGAUGCACUUUUGAUUCCACGGGUUGGGAUAGAGGGGCAAGACUGGUGAAUCUGGAACUAAACUGGAGUGGAGAGCUGAAAUGUGGCGUCGACUUGACCCUGCAGCAUUACUCCGCAUAACCUCAAGGGGGAGUUGCUUUGCCCUGCUGUGUUGCCUUGCUGUUGGCGGGGAGCAGGAAUUGGCUAGUUCCUGGUGCUGUGGAGUUAACCAAGUCCUCCCUGGAGCUCUGGUGUGAUGCUUGGCCAGGCUCCUGACUCGCUGUUGGUUUCUCAGGGUUGCUGUUUUGUUUGCCUCAAGAAGGGUAGGGCCUCUGGCACCCUCUCAGAAUUUAUUAUUUUGUGGGAUAGCUUCUCAAUAAAGCUAUUAAUUUCUUU